CACGACACCGGAUUGCGAUUACGUCCUUGAACGUAAUGGGGACCUGGUGACCAGCAUGAAACGCUCGAGCAUGCUGCAGCACUGUGGAUCUGUGCAUGAAUGCGUGGGUUUGGGUGUUUUCCCGGGGAUUUAGCUGCGGAAUCGACGAUUCAUCGCUGCUUAGAUUUGUUCUUAUCGCAGCGAGGAGGGACGGAUGGCGUCCAACGGUCGCUCUCCGAGCUAAAUGGUCAGUCUCCAAUCCAGAUGUCGGGUGUUUCGUCUUGUGGAAGAGGAGAAAGCACUUGCGUUGGCCACAGAUUGUGCCGCUUAUUGUUUUGGAAGCGGGAGCGUUCUAUCCAGGUUGGAAAGCUACUGCUCUGUGAGCAUAUUCUCAAUCAAGUGCCCAAGUGGCUCCUCUCUAGUCCUUGCUUUGCAUGUAGAGGUAUGGUAAGCGCAUCCAGGUUCUCCUCCGAAUCGCUCGCGCGGGGUAGCACAAGCAAGAAAUCCACUCUCACGAAGAAGUACGCCUGCAGCGUCCCUCAACCGUCAAAAGCGCAUGCCGUAGGGCUUUCGCGGGGAUGCGGAAGCCGCGGCGUACAUGAUCAUUGCAGGCUCACUAGGGCUAAUCCAGACACCAUUGGUGGACCAUUGGGUAAUGGUGGUGACGUUUCGAGCGACUUGCAUGUUGGCUUGAUUAGGCUCGUACCACAUUGCAUAUGACUGAUUCGUGCCACAACGUUUUUCGACACCUGUCGUAGUCAUUCCUAGGUAUUGUCCGUUUACCCGCCCAUGGCAUCGUUACCUCAGCACACCCUCGCGCCUUCGGUGGGGGUAAUGAAAGACCU